AUGACACUCAAUGAAUAUGAGAGGAACCCAAACAGAAUUUCCGUUGCUUUUGUAACAUACUAUUACAAUCUGUUGAAUUCUCACCAUGAGAAAUUGUACCAACUCUACUAUAAGGAUGCUGUACUAAAGCAUAAUGAUUAUAAAAAUCCCUUUGCAGAGAAAGCAGAGAAUAUUGUUGGUAUAGAAAGCAUUAAACAGUAUUGGGAUCAUUCCAAGCUUUGCGGUGCCAAGGUAAUGAUUCAAUCAAUUGAAAGUUCUAGAUCUUUUGAAGAUACCAUUUUAAUUGUUACCAUUGGAGAGCUUGCUUUGCAAAACGAGCAGAAUAUAUGCGAUGAGCAGCCAGCUUAUAAGUUCGUUCAGACAUUUGUUUUGGUCCCAAUAAAGGGUAAAGACGUUUAUGACGUUUAUAAUGAUGUUAUGACAUUUGUUCCUGACAUUGAUUAUGAAUAUGUUAACGAUGACGGAAAUGGAGCAGAGGACAAUAAAAUUAAGGGGGACGGUAAAGCAGACUCUGAUAUUGUGAAGAACUUAAAUAAAGAGGUCAAAGUAUUUGAAUCAAAUGGUGAAUUAAAAGAAACGAGCAUCGUUUCCGAUGCUGUUGUCAAGACAUCUAGGACCGAACCAUCCAUUAUUAUGAACAAUAAAGACGGUGAAAAUGAAGAAUCUAACUCUGAAAAUGAGACUUUUAAGACUAGUCAGAUAAAUAGUGAGGAUUCACAUGCAUCGGUUACUGCAAUCUCGCCCGAUCUUAAAAGGCAACAAUCAACCGAACAGAAUGCCAAGAAGACAGCCGAGGCCACUCCAAAAAAACCUGUGCCUGUGCCUUCAGUUCCUGAAAAAGGUCUUAGCUGGGCAAAUCAGAUCGCAUCUGCUACUAAAGGUAAGCCAACUGCUGACAUCCAUCCACCGCACUCUGGACCAACUAAAUCAAAGAAGGAACUUUCUCCUGUAUCUAAGAGAGGAACCACUAAGAGAAAGGAUGGUAAAAAACACCAUCACCAGGGAGCAGACUCGGAUGAUGGAUUUGAAAAGGUUAGGGGGGGUGACUCCAGGAAAUCCAUUAUUCAGACUACUUCAGUGAAUAAAAAGGGACAACUCGUUUAUCCAAUUUUUCUUAAGUACAUCGAUAAAGAUUCAUCUGAAGAUGCCAUAGCAAAAGUUCUUGAAAGCCACUUUGGUCCUGUAGACUCUCUUAAAAUUGAUAAGGCCGGUGCUUACGUGAACUUUGUGCAGAAAGAUUCUCAAAGGAGAGCACUCGCAAGAAGUACCAUCAAAAUGAAUGGAAAUGAAGUGAAAAUAGAAGCCAAGUUAAGGAAGGACAGUGGAACUAUCAAAAAGAGAAAGGGAAGAAAUGGAAAAAGACACGGAAAUGGUUCCCAAAAUGGAUCAUCCGGAUAUACGGAGGACGGAUUUAAAAAAGUUUGA